AUGUCUGCUUUACACAAAGAUACUAGAAGGAUAGGCCCCAAGAGGACUCUUAGCAGGGAUUCUAUUACAGGAGAGGCAGUUUUACUGGUUGAGCUGCCUAUUUUGGAGCAUGAUACCAGCGAUUCAUCGGAUUUACUACGACACAUUCAGUUUUUACGGUAUUCGAGGUCUAGAUACAUCCUAGACGUCAAAGCCAUUACUUAUCAGUCGGAUAGCAUACUCAUUGUCAUGGAAUGCCCAAGAGGCGGGUCGUUACGGGCACAUUUCGAUGAAUCCAUAGCAAUUUUACGAGAAUAUGAGGAACAUGAGCUGUGGCGACUUCUGACGCAACUAAGCGAGAUAGUUAUGCAUAUAGGAUUUUUAUAUACGUCCAAUGCUAUGCACAUAGACCCAAUUAUUACUCCAGACACUUUAUUCUAUGAUUCCUACGGAAACCUGCAAUUAGAUCUAGUCUAUUCGUUAGAAUAUUUAAUUAGAAUUACUGGUAGAUUCGAGCCAUCGCCCCAGGACCAGAAUGUUCAACGCUACAGGGACAAGGUAGCGACUGUGAACUGCGAUGUAUCUGAGACCUGCAUAGCGUAUUCUGUUGGGGCCAUCCUUUACGAAGCUAUUCUUCUUGGACUGGCUUCUUCUGUCCCAGCAUCUACUUGGCCGUGUUAUGUACAGUUUCAAGCCAAUUCAAGGUUUGUCAAUUCGAUAUCACACAGCUCGGCGCACGCAAAAGUCCUCCUAGAGUACGAACAAUGGCGUAAGUUCUUUUCUCUGUAUGGGCUUUGCAAAGAAAGCUAUCGCAUAUGUUUGACAAGAACACCCUAUUUUAUGAAGGUCCUGGAGUGCUUGAAGGGGUUGAGCAACACUUUCACAUUGCUCGGAACAUGCGUUGAUCGUGUUGGAAUCUUCAAGCCAGUUCUUCAGGAUAUUAUUCCACGAGAUUUAGGUCUGCUGCUGUCUCCUCACUAUCCACCCGUUCUCCCUAUAGAUUGGCUGGAGGAUAGAGGCACGUCCCUAUGCAUAGAAUUACUUAUAGAUGAAUUGGUGGAGCAACUUAGCAGUAUGCUAUUGACACCAUGGAUAGAAAGGGAGCGGCCGAUAAUAUACACCGAGUUACGCGCCAAAUACUCUCAGAGCCUGCUAGCCUUACUUGAGGGGAUGUUAUCUAAUACUCCCGAAAAGCGUACUACGGUUGCCACUGCUGUUACACACCCCCUAGUGCAGACAUCGUAUCACGUUGACACCCCGCUGAUGUUAGCAGCAAAGCAUGGAAAUGUCGGAGCGCUUACGAGCCAUCUGCGGGAAUAUGUACGGCGAAACGAUGGGACUAACAACACUGCCCUGAUUCAUGCUGUAUUAUCCAGGCAAUACGAGGCAGCUCUCCUCCUUGCUCCCCAUGAGGCCGGCGCCGUCAAUGCUGACGGGAAGAAUGCAUCAUACUAUCUUCUUGACGCUUGUACCAGUGCAGACUCUGCUCUUUCUGAAACUGAGCAAGAGAUACUUCGCAGGCUGACUCCUAUUCUUGCUACUCAUGAGUCUCAAUGGAUAUUUGCAGAGAAGAAAACUCUCCUAAUGCUAGCUGCUUCUGCCAACAACAUGACGUUUGUAGAGCAUUUUGCUGCCAGCGAGUCUGCAAUGACGGACUCUAGCUCCAUGUGCAGUGCGGAGUAUGCAUUGCAAUCGCGUGCUAAGGAUGCCUUUAUUCGGCUAGUGAAAAAGGAACAUAACUUACUGAUAUCUGCAGGGUAUACACCCCUCAUGUUAGCUGCAGCUAGUAAUGAUGUCUUACAGCUCAAGAGUGAGCUUGAAGCAAGUAGUGCUUCCAUUGGAAAGUAUUCUCCACAAGGGUACACAGCAUUGAUGAUAGCAGUUAUCAUGCAAGCAAGCCAGGCCGUGGAGAUUCUUAUCGCUCAUGAAGCACGAAUACAAUCAACCCCCUCUCGACAGACGGCUCUAAUGCUAGCGGUUACAUCUUCAUUGGAAGAUAUCGCGCUUUUGCUUACUGAGAGAGAAGGAGGGCUCAAGACGUUUACUGGCAAGACUGCGCUAAUGUAUGCAGCCGAGCGUAAUAUGAUUAGGCUUGUUGACACACUUGUUGAUGUAGAGGCAGGGCUUAAGGACCUGCAGCUAAAUACUGCACUGAUGCUAGCUGCUAUCUCCAAUAGUUCAGAGGCCGCGGCUCUUUUAUUACCCAAAGAGGCGUGUCUCCUCAAUAGAGAAGGGCUAACAGCGCUUAUGUUAGCUGCCCAACGAAACAAUAUAGAGGCUCUACGCGUCAUUUUACCGUACGAGUCCAGUAUAAAGUCACCAGCAGGAGGAGCUACUGCAUUGAUUCACUCUGUAUAUUGCGGUAACGCUGAGGCUGUGAAGGUCCUAGCGCGUGCUGAGCCUGGAUUUAGAAAUCAGAGUAAUGAGACAGGCCUGGAGAUUGCUCGCAGGCAGAGGAGACGGGACCUUGUUUCGAUUUUAGAAGAACAUGAAACAUUCAAUCGACAUGAGGAUGGGCUUACGCCGCUUAUGGUAGAUGCAAUUAGAAACGACGUCUCGUCUGUCAAGAGACACAUCAAAGCAUAUGAGGAGAGCUUAAAAGCAGCACCUGCAACCGGCGUGUCUUCGCAAAUAGGACUGCGGGAUAACUACGGAAAAACGGCACUCAUUCAUGCCGUUGAGAACUCUUCCAUGGAGGUCGUCGCACUUCUGGUAGACUAUGAAUUGGGGUUUCGGGACCACUCGGGCUACUGCGCCAUUUACUAUUCCCUCUUUGCCGAACAACAACUGGACGAUGAGCUAUUUUGUAGGCUAUUUGACGUCGAAAAGGGUAUUCUGGAGGACGCUGGCUUCACUCCUCUGAUGAUGUCUGUACUUAUGCGCAACACCACAGUUGCUCUUUUGCAAAUAGAACACUACGCUACGAUAAGUACCAAGGAUGGAUAUACAGCUCUUAUGCUGGCAGCAAUCUUGGGUAACGUGGAUAUGGUGGAGCUCUUAUGCCCGCUAGAGUCAGGGUGCCAAACGAACACUGGAUACACUGCACUAAUGUUUGCAGUAGAGAGGAAUGACCUGGAGACAGUGCUAAUCCUCGUUGAGAGUGGAAAAGAGCUCGGGUUGCAGGAAAAGACUGGGUGGACGGCAUUGAUGAUGGCAGCCAAGAACGGCUACUUGAAACUGGCAGCGCUGUUGGCCCCUCAUGAACAUGGUUAUCAUGAUGCAAUGGGCUGUACUGCUCUGCUUCGAGCCGUCCAAGGCAACCAUUUCAGUGUCGUACAGGUCCUAGCAGACUAUGAAGAGGGUUUGACUACCACAGAUUGCUACCCCAGGGGAUGUGGUUGGACACCUCUUUUCGAGGCAGUGUACAACGGCUACCCUAAUUGCGUGGCAUUUCUCAUUGAGAGAGAGGUUGAAGUGCUGAACCAUUCUGCCCACGAUCUUCUCAUGUGUGCACAAAACCAGCGCUCUAAUGUCCCGCUAGAGAGAAGACUUCUGUGCAAGUCUAUUAUACAUGAAUUUAUCAACCAAAGAAGUACAAGAAUCUAA